GUGGACGUAAUAAAUACGUAAUACAUUUUAUCAGUGCUGUGUAUUUCAAAUCACAGUUUUACUAAGGCAGCGCAAAGUGUUUUUUUUUCUUCAUCUUUUCGUUUGAAUGUGAAUGAAGUGAAAAUUAUAAGUAAAUAUACAUUUAAGUGACAAAACCAGUUUUCCUUGCACAAUACAUUCAUCACAAUGAUAGCUCCAGUGGCUGAUAAAAAGAAACUGAAACGAAUGUUUAGUUGGACGGAUGAGGGUAACACACCAGCUAACGGCAGUGAGUCAAAUGCGGCAAAUAUUGAUGAUGGAGGAACAGUUUGGAGUCGAAAGCAACAAGCCGUUUCCGUUCGACAUGCGUUCAAACAGUACGGCAGCAAGUCGAAACCGAAUCCGGUUCUCGUUAAUCUCAACAUGACAGUAGCUAAAGGAACCAUAUAUGGUCUUCUUGGUGCAUCUGGUUGCGGAAAGACUACAUUGCUUUCAUGUCUAGUUGGUAGAAGAAAAUUAAAUUCAGGAGAAAUAUGGGUUCUCGGCGGAAAGCCCGGUACAAAAGGUUCUGGUGUACCCGGCAAACGAGUCGGUUAUAUGCCUCAAGAAAUAGCAUUGUAUGGUGAAUUUACUAUCAAAGAAACGAUGAUGUACUUCGGCUGGAUAUUUGGAAUGAAAACGGACGAAAUUAUCGAACGACUACAGUUCCUUUUAAAUUUUUUAGAUUUACCUUCACAAAAUCGUUUAGUCAAAAAUCUUAGCGGCGGUCAGCAACGUCGUGUCUCCUUUGCUGUAGCAUUGAUGCAUGAUCCCGAACUGCUAAUAUUAGAUGAACCGACCGUUGGCGUUGAUCCGUUGCUGCGACAGAGUAUCUGGAGUCAUCUUGUUCACAUUACCAAAGCUGGCCAAAAAACCGUAAUUAUUACCACACAUUACAUUGAAGAGGCGCGACAAGCUCACACGAUUGGAUUGAUGAGAUCUGGGAGACUUCUAGCUGAAGAAUCGCCACAGGCACUGUUGACAAUGUAUCGUUGUAGUAAUUUAGAAGAUGUAUUUUUGAAGUUAUCACGAAAACAGGGUACUUCUAACGAAGUUUCAGAAUUAAAUAUUAGUAACUUGUCAUUAGCUGGACUAGCUUUUGGGAACAAGAUAGAUGCACCAGUUUACAUCAGUCAAGAAAGUGGUGUCGUAGGUUUAAAUUUUCAUCAAAGUAAAGAAGUUCUGAUAACUGAUAGCAUUAAUGGGUCUUCGUUUGGUCUCAAUGGUUCAACCCCUGCAUUGGCGCCUGGUUUAAUGGGAAUUCAAUUUGACGACAUGUCCGAAGAAAUGAACACGAGCUGCUGGAGCAAUAUUACGUCCAGAGGAAAAAUACGCGCCCUUUUGCAAAAGAAUUUCUUGCGAAUGUGGCGUAACGUCGGUGUGAUGUUGUUCAUUUUUGCUUUGCCUGUGAUGCAGGUCAUUCUGUUCUGCUUGGCCAUCGGUCGUGACCCGAAUGGAUUGAAAUUGGCUAUCGCAAAUAUGGAAAUGAACGGAACGGAAUGCAACUUUGAACCAGGAUGUCAUUUUAGUGGACUCUCUUGUCGAUAUUUGAACCAUUUGAAUCAAAGUAUUUUACGGGAAUAUUAUAGUGAUCCGGAGUCCGCCAUAGAGGCCGUUAAAACCGGUCAGGCAUGGGGUGCCGUUUAUUUUACUGAAAAUUUCACUGAUGCUCUGGUUGCUCGAAUGGCUCUAGGUCGAGACGCUGAUGACGAGACCCUUGAUCAAUCAGAAAUUCGGGUCUGGCUCGACAUGUCCAACCAACAAAUCGGCAUACUACUGAAUCGUGACUUACAACUAACCUAUAGAGACUUUGCUCAAGGCCUUUUAAAAGACUGUGAUAACAAUCCGAAGUUAGGCGAUAUACCCAUUCAAUUUAAGGAGCCAAUUUAUGGUACCAGUACGCCAUCAUUCACUGAUUUUGUUGCGCCUGGCGUUAUUUUAACCAUUGUAUUCUUCUUGGCCGUUGCACUGACAUCAUCCGCUUUGAUCAUUGAAAGAACUGAAGGUCUUUUGGAUCGAUCUUGGGUGGCUGGCGUGUCGCCUAGUGAAAUUCUAUUCUCGCACGUAAUCACUCAAUUUGUCGUGAUGUGUGGCCAGACGGCUUUGGUGCUGAUAUUCAUGAUAAUUGUGUUCGGCGUAACAUGCAACGGAAAUAUAUUCCUGGUCAUCGUCAUAACACUGUUGCAGGGCAUGUGUGGCAUGUGCUUUGGAUUUGUUAUAUCGGCAAUUUGUGAACUGGAACGGAACGCAAUUCAACUGGCAUUGGGCUCCUUUUAUCCGACGCUGUUAUUGAGCGGUGUCAUUUGGCCAAUAGAAGGAAUGCCAGUCAUAUUGAGGUACAUAUCAUAUUGCUUACCAUUAACGCAAGCCACCACAGCGCUCAGAUGUAUUCUAACAAGAGGAUGGGGACUGGACGAACAGGAAGUAUAUUUAGGCUUCAUUUCAACAUUGUCUUGGAUCAUGUUGUUCUUGGUGAUUACAUUAGUGGUUCUUAAAUUUAAACGCGGAUGAUAUACAUAGAUGAAGCCGUUUUGUGGCCGGUUUUUUUUUUUAAAUAGCUAGGGUACAACAUAAUUCUAAUUUAAUUAAACGAACAUCAACAAAAGAACAACAAAAUUUUAUGUACUCGGUUACAUUACAAUUGUAUAUAUUAUAGUCUGAUUAUUUUCAUUUUUUUUAUUACACAAUUUAAAUUGAUCUAUUUAAAGCCUUCCCCCCAUUUAUUUGACGUGUUUCAUUAGUAUUUGAAAUGGAAAAUUUGUAAGAGUAGACUGAGUAAUUGGUAAAGUUAUUCUCUUACGGCUAUACUCUGCAGGCUCUUGAAGUCAAUCAAUCGAAGUGAAAAAGAAAGCAAAAAUUUGACGACCUUUUGUUUAAGCUGACUUCCUGACUAUGAUCAGCCUUCGUCAAUUUUCCAACUGAGUGAUACACCAAACUGUAAUAUUUGUAAAAUUGAGAAUUCUCGGACAAAUGGGAUCUAUAAAUCCUUGGGAUUCGCCAAUUUCACACAAAAUUUCGAACGUAAAUCGUUGUUCUGCGCUAGUCGGUUACACAAUAAUUUUUGGGUACCUAGUCCUAGUUCGAGAGAAAUAAUAUUCCAUCAAAGUAGUCAAAGAAGUCGCAAUUAAUGGAUCCCAAAAAGUAGCUACCACCAAACAAUCGUACCUUUCCGUCGUUGACUCACACGCUGUCUUGAACAAAUAUUCCGAAAUCGUAAUUUUCCACCUUUUUUGUCGUUUUGAACCAUCCCAAAUCGAGUAUUGAAAAAACUCGUGUUUAAUGUUACCACUUGUGCCCACGAUAAUGUAGUGGACGAGAGCAUAUUAUAAGCAUAAGCGCCUAAAAAGUGUAGCUUUUUUUACAACGGAAGAGACUAAAUUCAUAUUUCUUCCAAAAAAGAAGUGUUUUCACAAAUAAGAAAAUUUGUUGGACUCAACCAUUAAUGUUCGUUUCUAGCUUCAAGCAAUCGAUCUUCACAUUUCGUCAUACACUCAGUUUCCCGUUUGGACAACUGUUAUAAAUAACUCUUUUUUUGGUAGAAUUGAACACUUAGUUGACCUGUUGACCUGCGGCAGUUUUGUUAGCGAUGGAACAAGAAAAGGUUAAGUCUCUUAAUCGUCACACACGACUUUUGAUAACUUUACCGUUUAUUUGGUCUAUUCAUUUCGAAAUCAUUUAUAAUUUGGUUAAAAUGCAUCAAACAAAUACGAUUAGAAAUUAAAUUAUUCUACACGUUAAAAUCAUCAAAUUCUAUCAAUUAUAAAUUAUUAUUUUACGUUUUACCUUUGCUCAUGCGCUAAACGUAAAUGUUAGUUAAAAGAGCAGACUUUAUUUAGCCCCUUUUCAAGUCUAAAAAAACACACAAAAAAA